AUGAAGGUUCCUGAAGAAAUCGUAUACGAAAUCUUGCUUAGGUUACCCGUCAAGUCUCUACUUCGGUUCACGACAGUGUGCAAGUCAUGGAAUUGUAUGAUCAAAAGCUCUACCUUCAUCCACACCCAUCUCAAAUCCAACCAUCGAAACGACGACGUUCAACUCCUACUCCACCAUCCUGAAUUUGAUAUUUACUCAUUGUACAGGGACGACGACAACAAAGACGACGGCCGUGCAUGUGCAUCAUCAUCUACGCUUAUAGAGUAUAGUACCGAACUUGACAAUCCUUAUGCAUAUUACGCCGAACGCACUGGAACCAAGACCUGGGGAUCCGAGUUUGUGGGAACUUGUAACGGGCUCGUGUGCAUUGCUGGGAAAGACAUUGACUUGACCACAUUAGUUUGGAACCCUAGCAUCAGAAAGUUUGUGGUUUUGCCCAAGUCUGGUGUUACCUUUUGUCAUGAAUAUCAUCAUCGACAAGGAAUAAGCUUUGCCUUUGGCUACGACAGGCGAGCCAAUGACUAUAAGGUCUUACGAAGAGUGUCUUGUUUUCGAGGAGGCCCAUUGGUCUCAUGUCAAUAUGAGAUUUGGUCGUUAGCCAAGGGCACUUGGAAGACUCUAAUCAAUACUGCCAAUGAUCGUCAUCAGGAACUUGACAUUGGAAACCGGUACUUUGAGGCUGGUCAUCCGCCUGCUUUUGUCAAUGGUGCUCAGCAUUGGCUUCAAGCCAACGUGAGCACCUGGAAUAUUUCCAUUUUGUCAUUUGAUAUGUCCGGUGAAGUGUUCAGCAAGAUAGCCAUACCACCAGAAGCUGAAACAAGAAUAUGUUUGGAUUUUAAUCGAGAUUGCGUGGUUUCGAGGUACAAAGAGUCCCUUGCAUUUUUCGAAAGCUGUCUGGAGAGGAGGCAAAGUGGUUUGGUUCUUCGCAUGAACAUGUGGGUCAUGGAAGAGUAUGGUUUGGCCAAAUCAUGGACUAAACUAUUUGCAAUAUGCCUGGAAGGGCGUACUUGUAGACUGGUUGGUUGUAGUAAAAGUGGUGAAGAAGUUGUGCUCAAACUAAAGGUUGAUGAUGAUAUCGUUGAAUAUAAAUCUGUGAACACCAAGACCAAACAAGUUAAGAAUUUUCAUUUUGAUGGAGAACGUUCUACUUAUUACUCGGUCAUGGAUGCUUUCACAGAGAACCUUGUCUUGCUUGACAAGCCUAAUGUAUUUACAUACUAA